CACCAUGCGUCCAUCAGCAGCACUGCUCCGCCGCUCCUCGUGGAAGGGCCCAUACUUUACCGCCUUCCCCUCCCUCCAGGAAUCGCUGCGCACCGGCUCGCCAAUCUUCACCAAAUCCCGCGCGUGCACCAUCCUCCCCAACUUUGUCGGCCUCCGCUUCAUGGUGCAUAAUGGAAAGGACUACCUGCCCGUCAACGUGAGCGAGGAGAUGGUCGGGCACAAGCUCGGCGAGUUUUCGCCCACGCGCAAGCCGUUCUCGUACAGGCUCACGAAGAACAAGUAACGCUCGCUUCCUAUCGCAUCUCAUGUAUACUGCAUUGUCACGGA